AUGAAGAACAACAAGAACGCCGGGAACGAAGAAACCACGAACUGGAUGUUACAUAGCGUCGAGAUAGAUAAAGAGGGUUCGGUGAAACAACCCGAAAAUAAGGCCGAGAGUAGUGGUGGUGGUGGUAUUGGGAUCUUGAAGAAUGUAUCGAGGAAUCUCGGCGUGGCAUCAGUAAUAAGGUCGAUGAGCGUGUCGAAAUGGAGAAAGAGCGGAAACUUGGGGGAUCCGAGCACAAGGAAGAGCGGAAAUUUGGGCCUCCCUGUGGCCAUGACAAAAAAAACGGGGCCACAAAGAGUCGAGAGGACUACAUCUAGCGCGGCUAGGGGACUACAAAGUCUCCGGUUCCUUGAUCGGACCGUCACCGGACGGGAACGAGACUCGUGGAGAUCCAUUGAGAACCGGUUUAAUCAGUUCGCCGUUAAUGGAAAGCUUCCCAAGGAAAAAUUUGGCGUUUGCAUCGGAAUGGGAGAUACGUUGGAGUUUGCAUCAGAAGUAUACGAAGCAUUAGGUAGGAGAAGACAAAUAAACACAGAAAAUGGAAUUGAUAAAGAACAACUCAAGCUGUUUUGGGAAGACAUGAUCAAGAAAGACCUCGACUGUCGCCUCCAAAUCUUCUUCGACAUGUGUGACAAGGAUGGAGAUGGUAAGCUAACAGAAGAGGAGGUUAAAGAGGUCAUAGUCUUGAGUGCAUCGGCGAACAAGCUCGGGAAUCUCAAGAAGAACGCUGCGGCUUAUGCUUCUUUGAUCAUGGAAGAACUUGACCCCGAUCACCACGGUUACAUUGAGGUUUCUUCUUAA